AUGCUGGAGGAUGACGCUGCUACGCCGCAAGUGAAGCCAAUUGAGCAAGUCCGAGGUAUUCAGAGUGGCGAGUUGUUCGUUCGUUUGAAUGGUGCAAAGCUUUGCGAGCCUCAAGGAACUCUGCAUGGCGCCCACCCUUUCUUGUUGAAGCUGUUGCGUCUACAAGAUGAGAACAAUGAAGUUGUGCAGCGUCUCGUGCAGCCAAGCGAAGCGAAAUUGGCGUUCACUCGCAAAAUGCGACGACAGAUUCGACAGCAGAGACGCACAGUGAAGGAACGUUGGGAUGCUGUACGAGAUGUGAUCCAAGUGUAUGACAACGGAAACGUGUGCGCAAUUGCGAAUCACCUCGCGCCAGUUGUGAAUCCCGCUUCGAAUGCUCUGGAUCAAUACCUGCAGCAGUUUCAGAAACUUGUACAAGCUUAUAAGCAGCACGUGACAAGCGAUAUCCUUCGUCUGUACGCUGUGCUUGAGGCUGAAUGUAAAUACAUCACGGCGUGGAAUAAACGGGAGGAAGCCAAGUGCAGAGACCAACGCGUACUCACCAAGCUGCUCUUCCAAUUCAAUUCUUUUUCGUUGCAGCUCGAGAGUGAGACGUCCGGACAGGUGCGAAUGUGGAGACUGCCAGUGUCAGACCCACAACGUAUGCGUUGCGUCAAAGCUGCCACGGAGAACAUCAAGAAACAUUUCUUCUCGUCAUCAGAGCAGUUUCUGGAGGUACUGGAGGUCUACAAGAUCGACAAUCGAGUGCUGCUGAAUAGCUUUCAAAGAUUUACCAGUUCACUAUCGAAGACAUGCUCCGAAAUCAAGAUCAAGGGCUUAUUUUGCAGUGUACCCGCUGAGAGCGUCGAACGCUGCAUUGUAUACGGUAUGCACGCAGGGGAGAACGGUGAGCCUCGUUUCUUAGACCCUGAUGGAGCCGAAAUCAAGAUAUUCAGCCGAUCGGUAUUAUUACAGGAUCGCAAAGAUGCCCCAGGGACGAAUAUGGCAUUCCGAGCGCGCUCAAAAGUAAAUAACGGCACACCAUUGCAGUUUCCAAGGCGGUUUAGCAGGUACAAUACACUAGAGGAAAUGCGUACUACAAUAACGACAACCGAGUCACGAUCUGAGGACCACUUACGCGCAGUGCAGUAUCUAGCACUGUGCAGGGUCGCCAUGACCAAGACACUUCGAGUGAAGAGCAAUUCUGUUGCAAGAUUCCCCGAAGAUCCAAGCGUUGGUGCUCUACACUUUACUAGCGAGGAGGAAUACUUGGUGCGAUACCCAGAUGCGGUUGUACCCGAAUUCAUCAUCCAAUUUCGUAUUAGAACCCCAUCCGCCACACUAUCAGUCGAUUUUUCGGGUCAGAGUGCUAUCCCGGUAUCAUUGGCGUCUUCAGAGCCAAGUGUAGCGUCUAACGCUUUCCAGGACUUCAUAUACAGCGCAGCUUUCGACAGUUCUUCCCCGGCAAUCUCUGCGUUUCCGCUUGCGAUGCCUCCUUCGCAACACCAACGUAGCUUCUUCAGACACGAUGGCGUCCUAAGUCAGAGUUGUUCGGGCUCCCAGCAACAAGAUGAAGAAGCGAAGACAGCGGAUGAACAAUCACAAGUACCACCAGAGAUUGUAUUGGCAAACUGUGCGCGACAGAAGACUCAAUUGCGAGAGGAUUUACAGCGUCUCGAGAGGUUCUUCUGGUCACGAGCACGUGAAAUCUGGGAGGAAACAGGAAUCCGCAGCGGAGUCAAGAUACAGCGUGACAGUGAACUCCACACACUCGACAAAGUGCAGACACGAAACCAGCAGCUUCGUGCCGAACUCAAUCGACUCAAUCAAUUGGAGGACGAAUUGGCACGCCAAAGACCUCGAUCCAGACGACGUUAG